AUGUUUGAUGAUCAAGAUCUCGGUUUUUGUGCCAAUUUUCUUGGCAUUUUUAUAUUUGUUCUGGUGAUCGCAUAUCAUUAUGUGGUGGCUGAUCCAAAGUACGAAGGCAACUGAAACUUGUGUUAUACACUCUCAAAUAAGUGUCCAAGUGAUAGUCAGACUGUCAAUUUUGUUAGCUCAACCACAGUGAAAGGUUUAAAUAGAUUGUUGCAGCUCCUUGAUGUUUUCAAUUUCUUUUUGAGGUUUUAGAACGUUGUUUGUGGCAAAGAUGAGGAUUAUAUGUAUGAGAUUACCGGUGUUUUUACAAUGAUGUAAUUCUAUAAUAAAUUCUUCAAA